ACGGGUAGCGUGUAAUAAGCAGUGCGCGUGAAUGCAGAUGUUCACGGGAGUUGAUGACACUGGAACAGAGAACGAAAACGAAAUUCCUGGAGAGGACAUAUAACAACGAGAUUUGGAAAAAGCAAAGAAAUGAAACGCGAGAGAAGAGACCGAGAAAGCUCUUAGAGCCAAGCGCAAGAGUAACAGAAGGGCCCAAACGAGAAACUAUCGUAGCGUUUCUCGGGAACAAAGAGCCUUUUUUUUUCCUUGUGUUUUCCCGUGAAACUCAGAAUCACAAGACCCAGAGAUUAGUUUCUGCUUUUCUUUCUCAUUCCACGCAAGAACAGUGAUUUUUCUCAGGAAACACAGAAUCUGAAAAAAAAAAAAAAAAAAGAAGAAAAAGAUGAUAUCUUCACUGGCUAUGGCGCCUGCUUCUUCAUGGUAUUCGACAUCAUCUUCGGUGGUGGUUCGAGUGGAGAAGGCCACGAGUGAGUUCUUGACAGGCCCUGACUGGCCUAUGAACAUUGAUAUCUGCGACAUCAUCAAUACCAGUCGUUGGGUGGCGAAAGAUGUUCUCAAAUCUUUGAAGAAAAGGUUGCAGAACAAGAAUCCUAAAGUGCAGCUACUUUCUUUAACGCUUGUGGAGACCAUGGUGAAAAACUGUUCUGAUGUUGUGCACGUUCAAAUUUCUGAAAGAAAUAUAUUAACAGAGAUGGUCAAAAUUGUAAAGAAGACGAUGGAUACACACGUGAGAGAUAAAAUCCUAGUACUGAUAGACUCUUGGCAAGAGGCGUUUGGUGGCCCGGGAGGAAAAUUUCCUCAGUAUUACUGGGCGUAUCAAGAACUGAAGCUUGCUGGUGUAGGAUUCCCGCCACGUUCAUAUGAUACAGCUCCGAUUUUCACUCCACCGAUGUCUCAUCUUGUACACCAGCCCCAGCUAGAGUAUGAAAUGCCAAGUAAUUCUUCGACUAGACAUGAUGGCAACAUGGUGGCUGAGAUGGAGAAGUUAAGUUUGUCGACCAUAAGUUCUAUGAGGAGUAUUGUUGAUCUUUUAGCUGAAAUGCUGCUGGCUGUGAAACCAGGCGACCGUGCUGCUGUAAAAGAUGAAGUUAUUGUGGAUCUUGUUGAGCGUUGUCGUGCCAAUCAGAAGAAACUGAUUGAUAUGUUAACAACAAACAGGGACGAUGGGCUUCUAGAACGGGGCCUUGAUUUGAACGAUAUCCUGCAAAGUGUGCUUGGAAAGCAUGAUGCCAUAGCGUCUGGUACUGCCUUACCAAAUCCCGUCGAGGAUAUCAAGCAUCCAACGACUGAGUCUCGUGUAAGGUGGAGAGCUGAUACUCGUGAAGGCGGGAGGGGUGAGACAUCUUAUACUCGUGAAGGCGGGAGGGGUGAGACAUCUUAUACUCGUGAAGGCGGGAGAGCUGACACAUCUGAUACUGAGGCAGAUGCUAAGUCCCUUGUACCAGUGAGUGCACAUUUGGAUGAAGAGGAAGAUGGCAAGAAAGAGGACUGUGGAGGGCUGGUUCAAAGACGCUCGAAAACGAGCCCUGCAGCUCCCCGAGAAGGCGAGGGAAAGCCCUUGGAUCCAGCCAUGAGUGCAUUGAUUGUUAUCGAUCCCCCUGAGCCUACCAAGGCAACAAAAGAGCAGGAGAUAAUCGAACAAUUGAGCAUCACCCUGUCGUCGAGCUUGCCCCCAGACACCCCCGGAACUCCUGUUCCCACUUCUGCAGAAACCAUGAACCAGAAGGCCCCGGUUUCUUCUUUCAAUCCUGGGAAUCCACACACCCCUCAUUCUUAUCCUGGACAUCAGAGCUAUGUAGCUCCCUGGGCUCAGCCCCAACCCCAGAUGCAAACUUUUGCUCAAAAUCCUCAGUUUCAGCACCAUUCCCUGUCCAUGUUCCAGCAAAUGCCCCAAUCCAAUGCUCAGUUUCGUCAUUACCAAUCGAAUGGUCAGUUUCCUCAGAACUCUUCUGGCUAUACACCACCCUGGGCUCCAACUCCAGGCUAUUUCAGCCAAUCAAACCAAUCAUUCCCCCCACUUUACAUGUACUCAUCAACCCCACAACCACCCGCCACGAGCUCAUCUUCUCCUCACCUCCCGGCCAACUCGUUCCCAGCUAUGGGAAACAAUGGGAAUGCACAAGUCAGCGCCACAACGGGUCUCUCCUCUCCUGAACAGAAGUCUUUCAUCCCACCAUACAGGCUGUUUGAAGAUCUUAAUGUUUUGGUUAAGGGAGAUCAUCAGUAUCCUAAGACAACAGGCAACCCAGCAUACAAUUUGUUUGGAGCAAACAGUCAUAAUAUCAUUGAUUUGCGCAAAUGAGAUGAUUGAUAGGGAAUAUACAACAACAUAUUACAAGCUUUACAUGAUCUGCUGGCUGGCCUUUUUCAAGUUUAUUUUGUAGGUGGAAUUUUGGAAUAACUAUGAUUUAGUUGUUAUUGUAGCCAUGCAAUUACUUUGUGUGCAGGCAGCAAGCUAAUAGAGAUAUUUUAUGCUUUUUAGGUUUUACUAUUCAUCAGCUAUAUAUUGUACUUUCAUUUAUUUCUUUUUAAAUAAUAUCAUUAACUUAAGUCUUUAGAGUA